UAAAUAAACCAGAAACAAAAUUAGUCGUUUAGUUGACUUAAGACAUCUAAGGAAUUUCUAAUACCUUUGCAGCUGAAGCAGUGAAGAUCACACACACACACACACAAAAUGAUGGGAAAAAGUGGUUGCAACAGUGAAGGAUACUUAGACGACACAAAAUUCAGCAAACCAAUGCCAUGGAUUGGAAUCUACAUAGCAUCAGCAUCACUUAUCUGUCUCAUAUCCAUGUCUGCAGAUCUCAUCAAAGUUAAACUCUCAGUGGAUCUCAACACCCCUAUGCCUCACCGCCAUGAUCAGUUAUCAAAACUCACAAGCAGUUCCCUCAUCUGCACAAUCAUGGCUAAUUCCAUGCCUUCUCUUGGUGUCACACAGAACAAUGAAACCAUGAUGAAUGUUGUGGCUAUGGCUAUUUUAGUAAUUACUAUGAUUGUUAAUAUUUGUAUUCAGUUUGUAACUGGUGUUAUUUAUGAGUUUUGGGUGGAACAUGCUGUUAUAAUGUUUCUUAUGCUUAUUUUGCUUAUGAUUAUGACUUCUUCUGCUUUGAGUCUUCCAAAGAUGAAACAUUAUUUGGAGUUGAGGUAUAAGAUUAAUGAAGAAGCUUUGAAAGAAAGCUCAAAACAAAAAUACCAAGAAUUUGACAGUAAAGUUGUUGAUAGGUUAAGAGAUGAAUUGAUGAAAUUUUGGAUGAUGGCUCAUACAAGUAGUCCUCAAUUUCUACUUGGAAGAUCGGUUUCGUGUACUGCUUCUGGUGCUUUUUGUGUUAUGAGUACUUUGACAUUAGCGGAAGCGAUGCUUCGGUCUUACUUGAUGUCUUGGUCUGUUAAAUUUUGCAGUGGUGAAUGUGAUUAUAAAUGGUCUAUAAUUUUGAUUCUUAUUGUUCAAGUUGCUGCUGUUGGUGUUGGUACUAUUGCUCCUGCUUUUAGAUGGUUUGUUGCUGUUAAAUAUCGGUGCCCUAAUGUGAGGAAAAGGAGCUGCAAGAGAAUUUUUCAAGUUGAAGGGUAUUGGACUGAUAGGCUAGUGGUGAUUCGAGAAAGCCCGAUUAGUUUUCGGAUUCGUAAUCGUCAAUGCAGGAAGUUGGCUCAUGAUGUAAAACUGGUUUGGUUGUGUUUCUGUAUUAAACUACAGAUGUGGAUGGUUAGGUUGUGUAAAGCUGCACAAUAUGUUUCAAUUUUCCCUAUGUGUUGGAUCUUGGGAUUUUGUGAAUAUUUCAAGAAUUGGAAGAGUUUUGGUUCAAGCGUAUCAAGCUUGGGAUCGGGCACCAAGCAGGAUCUGAGACGUUUUAUUCUGCAUCUUGAAGGCGAGGAAGAAUUGGUUGAGGUGAUGAUGAAAGAUAAUUGGGAUGCAACUCAUCAUUGGGUUCAACAAGGUGAAAAGAAGCAGCCAAAACUUGUUAUUGAGUUGUUAGAGAAAUGUUCAAUCUUGCAAGGGUUUAAAGGAGUAGGAGAAUUUGAUUGUGACAAAAUUCUUCCUUUGGAUGGUCUAGAAGUUCCAUAUAGUUGGUCACUUCCACUUGUGACACUAGCAAGCAUUAUAGUUGCAUUGCCAAAUACCAAAGAGUGUUUAGUGAAAAAGUUGAUGAGUACUCUAAAUGAAGGGCUACCCUAUGUGAAGUUCAUAGAAAACAACAUUGACAAAGAUGGAAAAUUAAUCAAACUUAGAAAAGCAUCAGAAAUAGUUUGGCUUGGAGCUGAUCUCUAUAAAAAGUGGCUAGGUGUUGAUCUUCAUAAACUCUCCCUUGAGAACAAGAGUCCCAAAGAGACACUUGAGACACUAGCUGAGUAUUCAAAAACAAGGUUUAAGAAAUAUAAAGCCAAAUAUCAUCACUUAUGUGUUAAGCUGAGUCCUUCAUCAUGGCCCGUCAAAUUAUUGGCUUCUAAUUCAAUGUACAGAAUAAGCAAAACCAUUCUUCUCUUGAAUCAUGAUAUUAUAAGAGACCAUACAAGUGAGAGGGUGUUUGAUGCAAUGGUAAUGAUGAUUUCUGAUAUAUUAGGUGCUUGUUUCACUAACUUACCUCAUGUUAUAUCUAUAAAGUGUUUGAAUAGUGGCAUUGAAGAGAGGGAAGAUAGUAUUAGACAAGCUGUUUAUAUUCUUGGUAAAACAAAGACGAUUAUAGAAAUGCUUGAAAAGAGAGCUUUUCCUAGUGUUGAUUUUUGCCGUGGGACUAACAUUGAAGAUUGGCGUUUAAUGCAUAAGCAGAAUAGUUUCUUGCCAUGUUGUGUGCCAUCUUUGCUGGAGGAUAAUGAUGCCUACAAAGCUUCUUCUAAAUCAAGUGAACUUUGUCUAAGUAUUGGCGAUUAACAAUGUUGUACAUAGAUUGUUAAAAAAGCUUUCAGUUUUUGGUUGAUGUGUAUAUGAAUUUUAUAGAUUUAUUAAGUUAAUAUAAGAUCCAUAAUUCCAAUCAAUAUGUUAAGCUGGAAUAAGAACUUGUAUGUAGAAGAAAGAUUAGAAAAUUCUGUAAACAAGUUCAUGCCUCAAACGCCUUAUUAUGUGUUUCUUUAGUUCAAUAAGGCAAAAAGUAGAAGUUGCUUCAACAAGGUAUUUGUUAUCAUAUGAUUCAUCACCACCCUAUAUAUUAGAUCUUCAUCUAGCAAA